UGGGCAUCCACUCCGAAGCAGAGAUUGGCAGGAGGAGGAAGACAGGAAGAGGUUCCAAGGAACUUCAGUGCUGGGUUGCCGAUCAUGCCUUAGCCUUCAGGCAGCUGCAGCAACCAUCUAAUAGCUUUUUGAGCAGCCAGCAAAUUCUCUCUCUCUUUGUGGACAAACUUUGUUGAUGUGUGAUCUAAGAAGCUAGCGGGAAGCUCGCACUUGAAGUAGUCGAGCUGAUCCGUUGAUCGCACGAAGCUUUGGGCAGCUCUCCAAGCAUCAGCGCCUGCCAAACAGAUGAGGGGGAACUGAGAAUUGUGCAUGAGAGAGCUGCAAGCUGAUUGCUCGCUAAGCAGGGCUGUUGAACGCCCACUGUCUGACUUACGACAAAAUCAGAGCGCCCCCACGAUUGGAGAAUAGUUCGGAGGACUUGUGGAGGAGACUUCAAUAAGUAGACGCCACAAUGCUGCAACCUUGACCUGUGUGUGUUGAUCAUUGUUGCGUCAACUUCUUGUAUAAGUCAAGAACGAUCUUUACGACCUGGGGUAGACUAGUGUUUCAGGUCUCCUCGGAACACCGUGAACCGUCAAACAGCGUUGGUAAUUCCAAGGGUGUCAGGGACAGUCGUGAAGACACAUGCAGCCCCCACCCCUUCCAAGUCUGCUAGCUUGAAAAGUACUCGCGCAUGUGUGUGGAGCGCCCAAUUGCUUUAGAGUUGAGCCUGCUGACCGAUACAGUGGCAGAGAGCACAGUACUUUGGCUGUGACUCUGUGUCUGUGGGGCAUGUUAGGAACCCACCUGCUAGAAACACGCUUUUAAAAAUAUGGGGAGGCGCAUCUUCAGAGUGCCCCGUCAAGCGGGGCUUUUGCUCCUGGGGGUGGCUGGGGGCACUGUUCGAUUUGCUCUGGGGGUAGUAGUUCGGACAACCGGGUUCUCGGUGGGGGCUGGGCUGGGGAUUCUGGUGGGCUCGUAUGUCUUCAACGGAGUGCGGUGGCCAACGGUCGAAGUCCCAGAGAUCGUCCCGGUGUCCGAUAUGGAGGAUGACGACAUGCUGGAGCACCUGCAGCUGGACAUCCCGAGCUGGGUGCGCAACCCCGACAUUCAGAGCGUGCACUGGCUCAACAAGUGCAUGAUCAAGAUGUGGCCCCACGUCAACGUCGCCACGCAAAAGUGGUUCAUCGACGACUUCUGGCCCAACGAGCUGAAAAAGAACCUGCCGCCAGGCCUCCAGCCCGUUUGGACGUCCGUUACGUUCGGCGACCUUCCGCCCAUCAUCGAGGGCAUCAAGGUGUUUGAGAUGGUCGCCGAUGAGGUCAUCAUGGAGCCCAUCAUCAAGUGGGCCAGCAGCGCCAACCUGCUCGGCACGCUGCGCUUUGGGGCCCGGCGCAUACAGUGUCAGAUCUCGGAGAUCAACCUGUUCGUCAAAGGCCGCGUCACGUUCCGUCCUCUCGUGGACCACUUCCCGUGCUUCUCCGCGCUCCAGCUGUCCAUCGUGGAAACGCCCCACCUCGACUUCGCCGCCAAGUUGGGCGGCAGCGACCUGCUCGCGCUGCCGCUCGUGCAGCCCACCGUCGAGCGAAUGCUGCAGGGCAUGUUACGUGGCAUGUUUCUGUGGCCGCGCCACCUGAACAUCGGCAUUGGGGACGACCAUCCCGACUCGCGGCGCCCCGCGGGCACGCUCCAGGUGCGCCUGGUUAAAGCGGAGGGUUUGAUUAACAGGGAGCGGUUAUUCACGGACCCGUUCGUGAAGCUGUACAUCAAGGGCGACGACGCGCAGAAGAGCCGCAUGCGCUCGCGCACCACGGCGCCCCUCUGGGACGAGUUCUUCUCGUUCCGGGUGGACGACGAGAAGACGGACGUCCUCACGGUCGAGGUGACCAACUUUCAGCUGAUCGGCAAGAACCUGCUGUUGGGCAUCACCAACAUCCCGGUUAUGUCGCUUAACCCGAACCAACUAACCGAGAUCGAGGCCGCGCUGGACCUGCCUCCCCGGGCCGCCAGCCUGUCCAAGAGCUCGCUAACCAAAAUCAACCUUAACCACAAUGUUAACCUGCUGGCCAAGUCCGCGUACGAGGCGACCAAGUCGGCGACGGAUCUGCUGCCGACUCUGUUCGAGGAUCCGGACAAGCCCAAGAAGAAGGUUUCGGACAAGGACAACGGACACGGCGUGAUUACGCUUGAGGUGACGUACCUCCCGUUCCGCGACCCCAACGCGCUCCACUGCGACCCGAUGGUCGGCCGCGAGGAGCCUCCCGCCAGCGCCGCCGCCGCCGACGGGAACGGCGACACAAGCCCCCUCCAAAAGUCUUCCUCCCGCCUCUACAGCUCGCUCUCGGGUCGCCGCACCGAGGACAUCCCGCUCGAAGAAAAGGGACCGGGCCUGCUCAUCGUCACCGUGCAUCAAGGUUUGGACCUGGAGGCGCGGCACAACGGCACGAGCAACCCGUACUGCAAGAUCAACGUGCUGGGCGAGUGGAUGCACAGCAAGACCGUGGCGCACGACCUCUCCCCGCGCUGGGCCGAGGAGUUCGAGUUUCUGCUCGACGAUGCGCCCAUCGACGGCGUGCUGCUGCUCGAGGUGUGGACGCGCUUCACCUACUGGGGCAAGGAGAGCCUCGGCAUCGCGCGGAUUCCGCUCGGGGACGUCGUGCGGAACCGGCGGAUCCUGGACGUCUACCCGCUCGACGGCGUAAAGACGGGGGCGGUAAAACUAGAGAUGGAGUGGCACGGGACGCGGCGAAUAAUCAACCCCAUGAGCGAGAAGGAAAAAGAAGGCGAGAAGAACGAGAGUAAAGCGGGGUACAUGGAUUGGGUCGGGAUAAACACGCACCUAAUGAAGCUGCACAUAUUCGAAAAGAACGCGGGCGAUAAAGCGCCAUCCCGCCACAAAUCGAUGUGGCGGAGCGCCACUCUUGGGAGCGGACUGAAGUCAAGUAUGCAAAAGCUGAGCUUGAUGUGACAAUGUACGAUAGAAGAACUCAACUGUGUACAGACGGCCUAUAUGAGCAAACAGCCAUGCACAAAAGUGCGAACCGCAUGAUCCGAAAAGAGAAGAGUUCUGCCCAGGAGAGACGUGUGAACUGAUCACAUUCAAAAGAUGCACAAGCCCUAGGGCCGGCAGGCUGGGUGCGCCCUGCACAUAUGCAGGGUGCUUAGGACAAUCUGUGCACAACUCGGCAAUUGCCAGUGUUCGUUGCAAUUCGAUGCACGAUACCAGCUGGUCCCGCUCAACUUUGCCG